CAGGUUUCGACGGCCGACCAUCGCCCGCUGAGCACUGAGUCAGAAGAGAUAAGAGGAGAAAGUGGAGAUUUCUCACAAGUGCUGGACUCGAGGACCCAUAAUUCGUUCUUCACAAAGUUCACAUGACGUCGCUGGUUUUUAGGAGAUCACCUGGUCAAGAGAGAAACGAUGCGAAUUAGACAUUUCAUGGAUAACAAGCACGUAGGGAGAGACGAGGACAUUCUCGCUGUGGCAGAGCUCGAGCCGUAUAAUGGAACAGAUAUGUCGAGGGGCAGCAACACGCAGACGACACAGAGCGAAUUCACUUUGCGGGAAAUUCGCUGCAACGACGGCGAUGCUUUUUCUCUACCCGAGGUCAAUGCGAACGCCCCCUUUUCCACAUCUUCAGUAGACGAUCAGAGUCACGCACGUGCGUUGUGCGAACGCGAACGCUCAACUGGCGACCUAGAAAGACGUGCACUGCGUCCGGAUACAGGCGACGGAAUCGCCGACGGCCAUCCAACAACAGAAUUUGAUUUCCGGAGACGAAAUGGAGGGAAUGAAGUAGAUAUGUUAUGUCAUAGGUUCGCUGGUAUCGACGAGGAUGAUUUUGUGGGAGCUGCUUCCGACUCGGAGCCCCAGGGCAACGAUAAGGAUGACAUUUUGAUGGGCGCUUGUAGCAGCAGCUGCAGUAGCAUCAGUGACUGCGGAAUGGCCACCGUUGGGGUCAUUUCUACUACCAGCUCCCGGCGAACACUUGGCCAGAUUCGAGAGAGCCUGGAACAAAAAGUAAAACGUUUGAGGGCUGAAAAGGAGGCGGUGGACGAGAAAAUCCGCCUGGCGCAGGAAGAAGAAGAAAUCAGAGUGCGAGAGAAGGUCAAAAUUCGCGGGAAAGUGAUCAUUCAGAGGAAAGAUCGACUGAGAAAAUUGGUGUGUGAUUUGAAAGGUCAGUUGGAUGACCACAGUCAGAGACUACAGAAUGCCUACAGUACACUUCUUUUGCUACAGAGGACUAUCUUUAGAAGUAGGAGCUUUUGCAGGAGGCGAAUGAAGCAGAGACCUGGUUUGGCAGAAGCGCCGUUUUGAAAAUGAACUACAUUUACAUAGCCUUUCUGAAUGCUUAUAGCAGGAGGGACUUUGUAGUCCUCCUACGCGUAUACGAAAAAAAAAAAGGAUUUGCUUCUGUUUUUGUUUAUUUUUAUAAUGAUGAUUCUUAUCUAGCCAAGGUAGCCAGAUCAGCUAUUAGCUGAUCUUCCAGAGGGCCCUGCAUAUCAUUAUUGCCAUUCUCCAUUCUAAAACUUCGAGCUUGCGACAAGAAGGCGGAGGGCCAGUUUCUGAAGUCUUUGAUGACUCGGCCCAGAACUGAACCCACGAUUUCCUGUUCACGAUGCGGGCGCUCUACCACUGAGCCACCAUGUUGGAUUAUUGUUAUCACAAGUCCCGUGUUUUCAAUUUCAUUUUCUGUCUCGCCUGCAUAUUAUCAGAGCGAGACUAUCGGCGCUACUUUCCCUACUGCGGCGGCGUCGUCAACGCCAACAUUGAAAUCCUAACCAAGAUCUAUUUCAUAAAAAUUGGACAUAUGGGUAAUUAGAAAUUACUGAUUAUUUUUGCACGAGUUUCAGGUCUCAUGAUCAAGGUCAAAUGUUAUUUCAGGUGAACGAACUUAGUAUUUUUUAACCCAAUAUUUCGUUUUCAUCUUGGUUGCUUUCAAAGCCAAAACUGCAUGCUGUACUGGACUACGUUAUGCAGGCGAGACGGCCAGAGGCAUUUCACUUACUUCGUGCGAUUUUGUAUAUUUUGUAGAUAAUGUAGAUAUAAUGACUAUGAUAUAUAUAAAACGCUUAUUGAUUUAUCCUAAUCUAUAUAAAGGAAAGGGAAUUACUCUUCCAAACUGCAGUUACACGAGGUGGAUGUGGGAAGUGGUUGAAUGUGUUAAAAAAAAACUACUUUAGAAGUGUGAAUUAUAAAAUGCGAAUCAUGAUAUUUAUAUGUGGCUUAAGAUUUUUUUUUUACCUUUAGUGCAUAACUUGUCUUUUUGAAUUCAUUAUUUAAUAACUGUAGGUUGUUUGAAUGUCAUUUUACAAGAGGGACGAUGUCAUUUUAUGUAUCAUUUAUAGCUAAUUAAAUGAAUCCUAGUGUUGGUUAUGAAUGUUGUGUUUAUAUCUGGGUGGUGUAUGUGUAAUAUUGUGGAUAUUGCAUUCUUCUACCCAUAUUCAUUCAUGAAAACUUCGGAAAAAUAAAUUGGGCUGUGGAUGCAUGCAAUUCUUAGUUUGUCACAAACCUUAUGUAGAUCACGUUCACCCCGCCAAAUCAACAAUGAUUAAAAAAAAAAACCAUCGAAAUCAAUAUUAUUAUAUGAACAAAAACAACGAACGAAACAAAAAACAAAUGGAAAUAAGGAAUAUAGAUUUAUCCAAACAACAUACAAUACUUCCAUAAUAACAUUUCUCAAAAUGAAGAAUCGAAUAUUUAAAAAAGUGAACAGAUGGUUAAAAGAUAAUAAUCUAAUUAGAUCUUUCAAGUUCUGUCCCGAAAGGAUUAUUUUUCGGGUUUCCAACUAAUGUUAAAGGUGAUUAAUGUCUAACCGACGUCUUUUGAUUUUUUUUAAAAUAUUUUAUUUUAAACCCGGGAACCGAACUUGAUAAAGUAUAUCGAAGAUAUCGUGCAUGGUAAGGCAAUAGUCAUGUAGAGAUUAUGAAUACUCUGAACAUUUUUUUUUGGGGGUGGGGGGGGGGGUCGCGGGACGUGUCUCCUCGAAUUACGAAUAUAGUACAGCGUCCUAUGAUAGACGGCCUUUUCGUCUUCUCACCCCCUGCCGUGACCCCCCCCCAAAAAAAAAAAAAUAGUCCUCGGGAAAUCGCUGCGCAUGCUCUGAAGCGAUGCCUUACUCAUAUAGGCCUAUUAAUCAUGAUAAUGUACACGCGUGACACUUGAACCGUUGUUUUACCAAAUUAAUAUGCAAUCGUGUGAUCAUGCUGAUGGAAAUAAUGUCUCAUUACUAUGGUAACAAAUACAAAGAGACGCUUAUACAAUAUUUAUCUUCAGCACGUUUAGCACGUUGAUGUGAAUUUUACAUGAUAUUGUGAGUAAAGAUAUAACAAUGCUUGUAUAUCUAUUAAAUUGAAAAGUUUAACGAAAUAUCUAAAUAGAUAUUGACGAAAAAAAUAAAAGCUUUGUAU